GUGAUGAUUGUCCAUUCAUAAUUUCGAUGGCACAUCUGUCAAAAUGAUACCACGUGACUACAUUUGACGCUAAAAAUCGACGUCAAGCGUCAGCAUGAAAUUGCCCGCUUUGCAUUUUGAGUGCUUUUUGGUGGGCGCCACCAAUCUGUUUCACGUGUAUUACCAGUCAACAGUUUGCUGUUGCGCAUGGCGUUAUUGAUCAAACAAAUCCCGAACAUUGGGAAUGUAACCCCUGUGCCGGGUUUAUCUUCCCGAGCGGUGAGCUAUUUAAAUUUUUUUCAAAAAAUGUCAAAGUUGCAUGAAAAUUUGCACAAUUUCUGGAAAAGCUAAAACAAUAAAUGUUUCUCAUCACGGAUAAGCCUAGUCGUUUACUCAUGAACUAAUGACGACGUUCAAAAAGAAAGUACCUACCACGUUUCAAAUUUUGUUGAGAAAAGUUUGGUUAUUGAGACAGUGUAAGAUAUAAAGUUUGGAAACUUCAAGAAUCGAAAAAUCAUUUGAGUUCGUCUCAGCAGUGUUUGGAAAAUAUCCAACACAAAUUGAGCCAUUAUAUAGCAGAACUUUAAUACGACGAUUUGAAAAUGUUUAAAAAUACUUUCCAAAGCGGUUUUUUAUCUAUAUUGUAUAGCAUCGGCAGCAAGCCUUUGCAGAUUUGGGAUAAAAAAGUGAGAAAUGGUCACAUCAAAAGAAUCACAGACAACGACAUUCAGAGUCUAGUGCUAGAAAUACUUGGCAGUAAUGUAAGCACAACUUAUAUCACGUGUCCAGCUGAUCCAAGAAAAACUCUCGGCAUCAAAUUACCCUUCCUGGUUAUGAUCAUAAAGAAUUUGAAGAAAUAUUUCACGUUUGAAGUGCAGGUAAUAGAUGAUAAGAAUGUGCGAAGACGAUUUCGGGCAAGCAAUUAUCAAUCAACAACAAGAGUGAAACCAUUCAUCUGUACAAUGCCUAUGCGUUUGGAUGAUGGUUGGAAUCAGAUCCAGUUUAACCUUGCUGACUUCACACGCAGAGCUUAUGGAACGAAUUAUGUGGAAACUUUAAGAGUUCAAAUUCAUGCAAAUUGUAGAAUACGCCGAGUUUACUUUUCCGACAGACUGUAUUCAGAAGACGAACUGCCCGCAGAGUUCAAACUUUUUCUUCCUAUUCAAAACAAAGCAAAGUGUUGACGUUGAGUAAUCAUUCAUCUAAUGAGUACCUCAUUCAACAAUUGAACGUUUUGUUACUACAGCAUGUUCUGAUGCACACUAAACCUAAUUAUAAAAUAAUAAAUCCACCUCAUUCUCGUGCCUUUACCACGUGUUUCAGUACGAGUAUUUGUACAUACAAAUUCUGAAA